AUGGCAAAACGCCAGACGGGUGCGAACCCAUCCGAAAUCGAGCCUACGCUCCCUACCGUCUUGUCGAAACCCUGGACGUUCCUUCACCCGACCGAUCACUUGCACGCUCAAAUCGCGGAUUCUGCAAAGCAAAUUCUCGAUCCGCUGGCCGCUUCCAUUGUCGAUGACCAAACCCUCCGCCGUCAAAUAAACAAGAAGCGCAAGAGGGUAGAUGCUGAAUUGGAUGGUGUUCCGCCUCUACAACUGAAGAACCUGUACGUGGACGGCUUUACUUCCAACCAAAUAUGGGAACAAGCCACUCGGAUCCUCGAGUCUGCUGGAAGAGAGGUCGAACGGGAUAUUACACUACUUGCUCGCAAUGACGACGAGCUAUCCUCGGCAGACGAGGAUCAAUCGGAUGUCUCUGACCCCGAGGGUUCGGCUUCUGAAAGCGACGACGCCGACAGCCUGUCCGAUGCCUUUUCGGAGGAUGUGAGCCUCGACGACAACGACGAAGAGAUGAACGAGGAGUUGGAGCAAUCAGAUGAGGAGGUAUCGGAUUCUGGCAGUAUAAUGGACGACGCCAUGAGUAUGGAUGAAGCUUCAGUCGACUCCGAUGGGGAAGAUCCAGGUACCUACGUCGAAGAUCGCUUCGGCCUUAACGACGGAUUUUUCUCAAUCGACGAUUUCAACAAACAAACUGAGCACUGGGAGAGAUUAGACGCAAGAGGCGCAGGCAAUGAUGCCGACGACAGCGACGAUGAGGAGAUUGACUGGCACGCCAAUCCUAUGGGGGCUGGCAACAUGGGAUCUCUAGCCAAACCUUCGGCUUCCAAGAAAACCAGUGGGUUGGAUGAAAACGAUGGCAUGGAUGACGAUAGCGAAGAGGAUGGUCCAACCUUUGGAAACGCGGAUCUUCACGGCGACUCCGAUUCAGACGAAGAUGCCUUCGAUGGGGAGGAUGCAGGUAUGGGUGGGAUUGAGAACGCAAAUGACAUCAAAUACGCCGAUUUCUAUGCCCCACCCCCGCGCAAAGCUUCAUCCAAGAAGACCCGUGCAUUGCCGAAGACCCAACCCUCUGCGGAAGUGAUGCAGGGUGACGUGGAACGCGCUAUGGCCGAUGUUCGACGUGACCUCUUCGAUGAGGAGUCCGAGGCCGAGGCCGAGGAUGAGGAUAUGGACGAUGCGGGCGAGUCAAAUGGCCCGCGAUCAACCCACGAAAAGCAGCGCGCCCGGAUUGCGGAUGAGAUUCGCCGACUGGAAGCAGCCAACGUGGCCAAGAAAGAAUGGAUGCUUACUGGUGAAGCCCGAGCUGUCGAGCGUCCAGUCAACUCUCUCAUUGAGGAGGACCUCGACUUUGAGCGCGUGGGUAAACCAGUCCCCGUGGUCACAAAUGAAACUACCGAGGACAUCGAAGAGCUUGUCAAGCGUCGCAUUCUUGCAAAGGAGUUUGAUGAAGUGAUUCGUCGUCGCCCUGGCGCUGCCGACGUUCAGUCUUCACGCCGUGGACGAUUCGAGCUGGAGGACACCAAACCUCAGCAAAGCCUGGCGGAAAUGUACGAAGCGGAUCACCUACGCGCAACGGAUUCCAAUUACGUCGACCCGAAGAACCAGAAGUUGAUGCGCGAGCAGGCCGAGGUGACCGAUCUCUGGAAGGAGAUCAGCUCCAAGUUGGAUCUGCUCUGCAACUUGAACUACAAGCCGCAAACACCCCAGGUUAGCAUCAAUGUCGUCACCGACGCUCCAACAAUCAUGAUGGAGGAUGCCCGACCUACAGCCGGUAGCGCCGUGGGAGGACCGUCAGCCCUUGCUCCACAGGAGAUCUACGCACCCGGUGACGAUGGUCGUAUCGCCGGGGAGGUGGUGCUUAAGACUGGUGCGGUUAUCUCCAAGGACGAGAUGAGCCGUGAAGAGAAGGCUCGCAAGAGGAGGCAGAAGAAGAGUCAAAAGAAGGAGGACGUGUCUACCAAACCUUCUGGCAAGGCGGCCGAGAAGCAGCAACUUGUGUCCGACCUGAAGAAGGGUGGAGUCAAGGUCAUCAACAAGGAGGGCAAGGUCACCGACAUGAGUGGAAGCAAAGUGGGAGCGAGUACCAAGAGCAGUGGAGAUACUCUCAAGCUAUGA